AUGUCAUUGUGCGGGAAUGCCUGGAUCGACAAUUUCCCGGGCGUUGGAUUGGGCGCUAUGGACCAAUUCCUUGGCCGUCAAGAAGUCCCGAUCUUACAGCAAUGGACUUUUACAUAUGGGGUUACCUUACCCAUAUCAAAAUUUCAGGUCUGGUUUCAAAACAGAAGAGCCAAAUUCCGGAAGCAGGAACGUUUAGCCCAGCAAAAAGCCUCCAACCAGAACCAGAGCGGCAACAGCGCCGAAAGUCCGAACCCUCCAUCGAUAAAAGCGGAAACUGCAGGCACGACGACGAAGAGCGGGCAGGUACUUCAGAAAGACGUAAAACCUGGAUCGCCUCAUUCUAGCGUAAGCACGACGCCAAAUUCCAACACCAGCAGUUUAUCCAGCCAUCAUUCGUCGAAUGGAAUCGACAUUAAACCAAUACAUAACGGAAAACUCUCAGACGACUCCAUAUCGAAUAACAACAAAUGGUCAUCGAUGAGCCCCCAAUCAUGCAACACCGCUCUUCUAGUGCAACAAGCCAACAAAGUUUUGUCCUCUCAGCCUAGUCAUCUCCAGUCUCACCACGCAGCUGCUGCAGCUGCGCUAUCAUCUCCAUUUACGUCACUUUUAGGCUCAAGCAGCGCAGCAUCUUACUUGUUGGGAGAUCAUUUGAAACCCACAGCAGCAAAUCAUUUGUUUUAAUUCCUGUAGAUUAUUUAUGAAAAAAUGAUUCAUGUUUCAAUACAAGUGUAAUAUACAUGCAAAAUAAUUUUAGAUAUCUGCGUUUGCUAUCGCAACCUACCUAAGGAAUUCUUGCAAAGAGUAAUUUAUUUCCUAAUUUGCUAUAUAGACUAGUAAACAAUUUCAAUUUUAUUUCUAACAUCUUCGUUGCUAACGUAGUUACAUUCUCAGAACAACAGAACAAGCCAUUGUAAUUUUUAUUAUAUUAUUUGUAAA